AUGCCUUCGAAGAGCUUUACCUAUUUCUACACCGCGUACACCCUCGCCACCCUCCCGGCAUGGCUGGUGGCCGUGACGAUUUACAACAUCCCAAAAUUCCUUCGUCCCAAUGCCGCUUGGUCGUACAAAAAGGCAUAUACCUGCAAUUUAUUGAUUGUGCUGAACCCCCAAAAGAGCAUCACCACAACGACCGAAGAAGGCCAAGAACAAACAGAAUCCGAAGUCUACAAAGGUAUCACCCACUCAGUUCCAGGAGUUGAGCCCGUACCCGUUGGGGCUAUCUGGUUCCCGAAGGUCCCAUCUGAGCCCCCACGGCGACUCAUCAUUCAUUUCCACGCGAGUGCCUAUGUGAUGUUUGGCAGUCGUCCCGGUGAAACUGCUGACGUAGGUAUCAGUGAACUCAGCAAAGUGUCCGGAUGGCCAGCGCUUUCCAUUGAAUACCGUUUGUCCCGGGAUAAGAAAACCACAUUCCCUGCGGCACUCCAGGACGGAAUCACUGCCUACGUCUAUGCUCUCGAGGUACUCAAAAUCCCAGCAUCUCGAAUCGCAUUCGCUGGCGACUCGGCAGGCGGCAACCUCGUCCUGGCACUGCUCCGCUACAUCAAGGAGGAGAACCCGGCACUUCCGUUACCUCGCUGUGCGGUUUUGGUAUCUCCCUGGGUAGAUCUGAGCACUAAAUCCAUCGAGGAUUUGCCCCUGAACCGCAAUUACAACACCGACUAUAUCAAACAGGAUUUUCUUGAGUGGGGCCGGAAGGCCUACACACCUGAGGGCUGGGAUAGUAAUAACUCCUGGAUGACUUUUCUUGGAAACGAGACUCGGCUUGGUAUCCCGGUCUUUCUCAGUACUGGUACAUCGGAAGUCCUUUAUGAUGAUAACUUGAAGUAUGUGGAGAACUUGAGGGAGAAGGGUGAUGAGGUUGAAUUGCUUGAAACUCCUCUCUCAUGUCAUAUGCCUUAUCAGCUUGGCAAGGAUUGGGGCCAGGAAGAAGAUCAGGCUGUUUGCGUGAAGACUAUAGCUAAAUUUCUCGAGAAAACCGGUGAGUGA